CUCGUUGGAAGGUGGUUUCAGUAGGAAGCGGUCUGACAGUGUACAGCGGCAGCUGAAAAAAACCUGAGUAGCGUAACCAAAAGACACUCGGACGCACUCCUCGAAUGGUAUUUCGUCUUUUGCCAUCAAACGAUGUCAAUAGCAGAAGAUCUUCCGGAUAUGGAUGGAGCAGACCUGUUUGGACUGCUGUUCCAUGAUGGAGAGAAUGGAUCCACUGAGCCCUUCUUUUCUGAUGGGAAUGGGCUCAUUGAGUCAUGGCUGUCUGAACAAGAUAUGCUGCCAGAUAUGGACACUGAGGAUUUUCUAUCCAGCUUGUUAGAUGGAGAGGACAACACAGAGACGAUCUCUCCCUCCCAUUCUCCACUGGGCAGCGACAGUGGCAUUUCAGACGACAACAGCUCCGGGGCUGGAAUUACCAACCAUGUUGGAUGCCCCAGUCCUCAUAGCAGUGAUAGCGAUGUUGUGCCCAGUCCCAGCUAUUCCCAGCCCAGCCCGGUGCACUCAGACCUUGCCGUGACAUAUUCUGAGGCACAAACAGAAAGCUUUGAGGCCUUAACAGUCCAAGCAGAUCACAGCUACUCUCUGCUGCAGAGCGGAGGGAGGGAUAUGGACAUGCUGCAGAGUGUGAGGGCAGAGAAGCCAGAUACAGAUGUCUUCAUUGAUCUGGAUGACCUUGUGACUGAGGCGAUGGAGGAGGAUGUCAGCAGUGAGCUGCCUUGCACUUUGGCCAUAGAGGACUCGAUACAAGAUACAACAGAGUCCAUCAAAGAAGACCAGUUCCAGUUUAAAGAGAUUGUGCUCACUGAGGAGGAGAAGCGGCUUUUGGCAAAAGAAGGAGUAACCAUUCCCCAACACAUGCCCCUCACUAAGGCAGAGGAGAGGACUUUGAAGAGGAUCAGAAGGAAGAUCCGCAACAAGCAGUCUGCUCAGGAGAGCCGCAAGAAGAAGAAGGUGUAUGUUGAUGGACUGGAAAACAGGGUGGCCAUCUGCACUGCACACAACCUGGAACUACAGAAGAAAGUCCAAAUGCUUCAGAAACAGAACAUGUCGUUGAUUGAACAGCUGAGAAAACUUCAGGCUAUAGUGAAGAUGUCAACCAUGAAGGCCAGCACAACCAGCACUUGUGUUAUGGUUUUCCUGCUCUCCUUCUGUCUGAUCAUCUUCCCAUCAGUCAAUCCGUUUGGUGGAAACACCCAAACAAAGGAGCUCUACACGCCCUCCUCAAUCGUCUCCAGGAGCCUGCGAUCACUGCCAGCUGAAAGCACAGAUGCCGUAUCCUCCUCUGAGACCAAAGAAGGUUUGUUAGUUCACCAAGUAGAGGUGGAUAAUGUUAAAGCCAUCUUUGCGGGCGGUCAGAAGAAUCACACUCCUGACUACGAGAGGGUGGAACAACCUGAUUCAGAAACGGGCGUCAACAGCAACUCUUCGGCAGACUUCCCGAGCCCUGCUCAGGCAGCAGAGAUGAAGCAGGGGCCAGCCGGGGCAUUACAGGAAGGAUCCAUCAAUGCUGUAGUGGCGUCUGCUGUCGCAUAUAAUGCGAAAGCUUCCAAGGAUGCCUGGAUAGACCGGAAUCCUCCGUCUGUCAUAUUACAGCAGCACCGCUCUGAUGAGAUGUAGUAAGGACAUGUUGUUCAGUAUAACCAGCAGAGGGAGCUGUAUUCCUAAAUAUUUGGGUGCCAGAGGGAACAUUAAUAUUAAAAAAAGGGAGAAGGGAAUAAUGCAGUUAUUCUUCCAGAUAUAAGAUCCAUCUUUUCGUCCAUGCUUUUUCCUUCUGAAAGCCUUCUACUAGUUACUUUAUUUGCACUUUGUUCUUGUUUUCCUUCUCCAGUCAAAAGAAACUGGGGAGAUAUUUUAAUAUUUCAAAAGGACAUUGCAGAGAUUAAAUAAAUGCCUGCAUUACUAGAGGGCACAUGCUACUGAGUUAGCACUGAGAGCUGUCAAAUUACCGUACAACAUGUUGAGCUUUGCCAAAAUUUGUGUGUUUAUUCUCCGGCACAGGAAUAAUUAAAGUGAAUGGGCAGUAAAUUACUUAAAGACAGAUAUGAAUUGAUGGCCCGACUGUCACUAAAUCUUGAGUGAGUUUGUCUGAAAAUGUCAAGCAGAUCUCAAUGCUAACAUAUGCUGCUUAUCAGUGACUUCCCAAAAAUCAUACUUAUCAUAGCCAUAGUAAAUUAUUAUGAAAAGUAGUCUAGUAGUUUGUGCUGCAAACUAGUCAGUAGUGCUGGGCGAUAUGGAAAAAAUGUUUAUCACGAUAUGAAUUAUUUUAUAUCACGAUAACAAUAUAUAUCACGAUAUACCACCUGACCUGUGGUCAUCUGGAAAGUAUGCAGUCUUUAAACAGCGAGUGGAGAGGGUGCAGUCUUUGUUUUGAGUUACUGUAAAGCAUGUCGCAAAUCUGGGUGCACGUAAAGCAGCACCAUUUUGCGAAACCACAAGACGGAGUUUCUUUGCGAAAAAUAUCAUUUUUUUAUACUUUAUUUUCUCUUGCAUAAAGUUAAGAGUAUGUAAAGUGAGAAGACAACACUAAUAUAUUUGCACAGGCUAUUUAACCCUUUAAGACCUACCAUAGAACCAAGU